CCACAAAAGAAGAGACUCACGUAAUCACUCUUCAAAACAAUGUGCAAGGGUAAGAUUUCACAGUCAGGCUAUCCUGCUAAUUCCCUUAACUGCUCAGAGGAUCUAAGAAGCUACAGAUAUGUCUUCUGAAUUUCCUGCAGUAACGCUGGUUGCAGAAAUGGACACUUUCACAACUUCUCAGACAAACAGUUCUACCUGUGACUUGUAUGAACAUAAAGAUACAGCCAGGAUACUACUGUCUGUGUUCUACAGCUUUAUCUUAAUUCUUGGAGUGCUUGGAAAUGCAAUUGCCCUCACUGUCAUUUUUAAAAACAGAAAGAAAAUCAACUCCACUACCCUCUAUUCAACAAACCUUGUCUUCUCAGAUCUGUUGUUUUGUAUUGCCUUGCCUACAAGGAUAACCUAUUACGCCCUGGGAUUCCACUGGCCAUUUGGAGAAGCAUUAUGCCGAAUAACUGCUCUCUUGUUUUAUAUCAACACUUACGCAGGUGUAAACUUCAUGACAUGUUUGAGCAUUGACAGGUUUUUUGCUGUUGUCCACCCUUUCCGAUACAAGAUCAGAAGGAUUAGAUAUGCCAAGGGCAUUUGUGUAUUUAUCUGGUUUCUUGUAUUUAGUCAAACUUUUCCAUUACUUAUACAGCCCAUGUCACACAAAGAAGAAGAAAGGACUACAUGUAUGGAAUAUCCAAACUUUGAAAGAAUCUCACAUCUACCAUUUAUCCUUCUUGCUGCCUGUUUAAUAGGGUACCUUAUUCCCCUUGGGAUUAUACUGUUUUGUUACUCUCAAAUUAGUUGCAAACUUUUUCAAACUGCCAAGGAAAAUCCACUGACUGAAAAAUCAGGGAUAAACAAAAAAGCCAUCAAUACAAUCAUAUUUGUAAUUAUAGUGUUCAUCAUCUGCUUUACCCCUUAUCAUGUUGCAAUUAUACAACACAUGAUUAAAAAGCUUCAGAAUGAACCAUUAUGCAGUGAAAACCAAAUUUUCCAGAAGUCCCUCCAUUAUACCGUGUUUCUGAUGAAUUUUAACUGCUGCCUAGAUCCUUUCAUCUAUUUCUUUGCAUGCAAAGGAUACAAGAGAACUGUAAUGAAAAUACUGAGACGACAAGUGAGUGUAUCAAUUUCGAGUGCUGUCAGGUCACAUCACGAAGAAAGCUCACGUGAUGUGGGAGAAACACAAAUGAUGGUACUUGCAAAAUCUUCCAAUGGAAAGAUAUCUGAAAAACAAAGUCUGUAGCGCACUGCAGUGAAGCAAGCUUAAAAAAAUCCUGAGUCCACAGUAAAUAUUCUUUGUGCUCCCUGUACAGCAACUUCAGUAGGACUCUGCUUCUCAGAGCGUCAGGAAAUCAUGGAAUGAUGUUGGACUGAAAAAGAAUCAUCAUAUGACAGCAGGAAAACUCAAAAUUGUAAUUUUCCUAGCUGUAUCAUUUUGACUGAUCUCAUUAUUUUUUCCAAAUCUCUACCACUGUGAAUGCUCAAAUUCCAUACUGCACAUACAGAUGUCUGGAUGUUACUAACUCAAAGACCUGACUCACAUUUUAACGGAUGUCUAAGAAAGGAAGAAACUAAAAAGAGCUUACUAUUCACUGUGACUAAAAACAACAUUUGAAAAUCGCAAGACCUCUAUCUGAACUCCAGUUAAAGCACUGUUGACAACUACAGCAAUGGUUUUGCCGGGUCAGUCACACAAGCAAAGUAAUCAAACUCUGAGAUAAAAUAGACAAUUUCUGUGUACAAUUUGACUAUCACGAAUGCUUAGUGUACAGCCCUUUAGAGGUUUAAAGGUGAAACUGUAUUUUUAUAGUAUUUGGAGCAUGAAUGUCUUAUUGGAAAAUUAAUACAUAUAACAUUGUCAAAUAUAAUAGAUGAAAAGCUAACGAACUGUUUGUUUCUCCCCAACACUGAAUAUGUCCCAUAUAUUAAGCCACUCAUCUUUGCAAGGUGUAUUAUCUCUUCAUUCCUUUUCGCAAAGGAGGACUUCUCUUUUCUUCUUUUUCUAGUGUGUAUUGUAAAGAGCCUCUACUCUAACCUGUAUAUAAAUUAUUUAUAAAUGCAAAAGUAAGUUGAAGCAAGAGAGUUCAAUAUGAAAACUGUACUGUUUCAGUUGAAAGAACAGUGAUGCAGGGUUACAUAGAACGCCCACUGAAGUCAGAGAUGGACGCAAGACAAAGGUUUUAGAAAGAGGAAUAAAUCUUCAUAGCUGAAGUCACAAAAAGUAGUUGAACAGGUUAAUUCUAAUGGGAUGAGAUGGCUACCUCUUUUUGAGCACUGUUUAUCCGAGAGAUCAAUAAAUGACAACAGCAGAAUGAGUCGGGAAAGAGCAACCUUUCCCAUCAUGCCUUCUCAGAACAUUUCUGGAAUCUAUUUGGGUAUACUGAAAUCAAGCCAGAGAAAAGAUCAGAUGAACAAACGGCUCCUACUGCAAUCGGCUCAAUACUAGUAUACAUCCAGGAUGCAAGUCUUGGGUUCCUGUUGUCAUGCCCUUCCUUAAUGUCUCAGUUUCCUUCCCUACUUUAUUCCUGGACCCCAUGUCUUUUGUCUUCUAUUUUAUUAACAUGGCUUCCCUUGCCAACAUGACGUGGUAAUUGCACUGUGAGGCUGUGACAGAAAACGAAAAUUCCUGGUAAGAGCUAUGGCAGAUCUCAAAAGAACAGACGCUAUCUAUUGUGCCUUUAUUUCUCCAGCAUUGAGGCUGUAUGGAAAGUCAUCAAACACAGCUAUGUUUGUCAUCUCUGCAGUUCCCUCCUUCCUUAUGUGCUGACCUUCACUUACCUGCAGAGUUGGAAGGGUCAUAUGUGAACAGCAGUAGCAGCACAGAACAAUUAAAUUAACAAUUACUUUCUUAAGGGAAAGAAAAUGUAAAAAAACCAGUCUUCCAUACGGGUUAGACUGUUUAAAUUUAGUUUCCAGUUUCAAAACACACUAUGCAGGUACAGAAAAACAGAGUAAGAAAAAAAAUGUUUUUAACAGGAGUAGUUCUACUUAAUUCUUCAGUUUUUAAUUACUAUAGCAGUUCUGUUCUUGUCAGCCUUCUAAAUAAACUCUUUUGAAAUGUUAUUUAAGAACGUUACUUCUGUAAAAGUAAACAAAUGAUAACUUGAUAAAACCACGGAUGAACCACCCAUGAAUGUCUGUAAGCUGUAGAAAUAAAAUGUAUGUUUUAUUAACAUCA